ACCCAAGCAUCGUGUCCAUUUUUGUGUAGGAAACAACCGCCGCAAGGUCGGUUUGCCAUUCGAGGCUCGUGGUGGAGCACUGUAGGGGUAGCGGUGCGGCACUGGGAACUUGGGAGUCCCGCGUAUUGAGAACACGACCAAAACGUCGGCUCCUCGGCUCCAAUGUUGGCGGAGACGGGCACUGGUCCCCCUUCGUCAUGGGAGUGAUUGCCCACGCAAAUACUCUGGCGGUCAGCGCAAUGGUUUGCAAGAAAGGGGAGUUCGAAGAAUGCUUCAUCAUGGUCCGCAAGGUUUCGAAAGGUGUGCGAGCAAAAGAAGUACGAACGGGGAACGCUGCAUCGUGCUGUUCAAGGUUACAAGUGGUUUGCAAGCUAAGGAAGAAUGAAGGAUGCUACAUCGAUGUUCUGCAACGUUACAAGAGACGAUCGUCCACGUGUUUGCCAGCUAGCUGCUAUCAACCUUGGCGCACGUCCCUGCCGGUGUGUCACCGGAGUGCGCACUGCCAUGCUCCGAAGCGGCGUCGGGAUGCUACCACCUAUCACUCGUCAACUAUCUGCCUGGGAUGACCGUGCCGCCAGGUGAACAGUGGCUACUGGAACCAAAAGCACCAUGGAAGGCCACAUCAUCAUCGACGUCAACCGUCUCAUCGGCUAGAAAAGUGCUCCCACCACCAGCACCACCCUGUGGGCUCAGUGCACUUCAUUGCAGCCAUCUUUGUGAUGCAGUCUGUGGAGACGAGAGUUCCUGGACAUGGCCAUAUGACCCCCAAGAAAGAAACUGCGACCACAGACUGAUGAUGUUCAUGCCUGUUCCGACAAAGAGAGGCCUGCCUUAACCAGCUGGGUUUUCCGAAGUUUGCUCAUCACAGCUUGGGCCAUCCUGUGCCACAAGAAUAUGUUUCUGCAGCGACCGUGAAAGGCGCCCGCCCCCCACCAGUCCAACUCUGCAUUAGCACCUUUGUCCUGCAGUUUUUUACCAGCUGAGCUAACCAGCUGUCUUCCAUAUAGAGAUGGGCAUUGACAUGGCAGAGGGGCUUCCAGAGAGUCUGAAGCUGACGGAUCAUAUUGCCUUUCAAGAAAGAUGAGUGAUACGUACUGAUAUAGUUAUUCCCUGAAAUAAAAUGUGCAGGUGCUUUUGGUACUAACGAGGAGUUUGUUUUCUGUUACUAAUUUAUUGUUACUGUGAUGGUAGCUGGAGCUUUUUGUGGUAAUUUGAUUCUGCUAAAACUUUAUUUGCAAUUAUUCAAAUCAAAUAAUGUGCAGCCAACACGUGUGCACAUAAGCAUAGGGAUCAUAAGCACACAUGUCAGCUAAUAACAGCGCCUAACAACUUGGCGGCCCACAGUGUAAAUGCUUGCCUCUACUAGAAAAGACCUCAGUUAUCCGAAAAGCGAAAACAAAAACAGAAAGAGAAAUAUGGGAAGCUCUCGCAAUCAAAAAAGAAAGGGACCAGUGUGUAAGCACUCCCUCUAUGACGCUUACAGAAGCUGAAAUCGAGUUUGCAGGAC